AUGUUAAGCAGAGUGGUCUUCACCUCUGUAACCAUCCUCCUUCAUCUCAUUUCUGCCGCUGCAGACCAGUCCCAGAGUCCUCUGCACGAUGACCCCCUCCGAGUCCCUCAAUCAAAGACACACCGCGUGGCCAUCAUAGGCGCCGGCCCUGGCGGCUCAUCUGCGUCGUUCUACCUCAACCAGUUCUCGCAGUCACUAGACCUGGACGUUGAUCUAGACAUCACCGUCUUCGACGCCAACCCGCGCAUCGGCGGACGAACCACAACCGUCAACGCCCUGGACGACCCUCGCUACCCGACCGAACUGGGCGCCAGCAUUUUCGUCAAGGUCAACCAUAUCCUGUACAAUGCCACGCGGGAUUUCGGGCUGGCCCCGUCCGGCAAGAUCUACGAGGCCACACCGGAGUCACAGUACGAGCUGGGAAUAUGGGACGGGAACCAAUUCGUCUUCAAAACUGCCAGCGAUGAUGACGAUGAUGAUGACACCCGCAGUUCCUGGCGCGGGUGGUGGGACAUAGCGAAGCUAUUGUGGAAAUACGGGCUGAGUCCGAUCCGCACUCAAAGAGCGACAAAGGCCGCGGUGGGCGCAUUCCUCCAGGUCUACGAGGAACCUCUGUUCCCGUUCCGUUCGUUGCAGGAGGCUGUGGACCGCACAGCUCUGGACGCAUACACGGGCGUAUCCGGCAGGGAGGUACUCCAAGAGACGCAUGUCAGCGAGUUAUUCAGCAGAGAGAUCAUCCAGGCCAGCACGCGGGUCAAUUACGCCUCCAAUCUAGGCGGAAUCCACGGUCUGGAGACGUUGGUCUGUAUGGCGAUCGAAGGCGCCAUGGCGGUUGAUGGAGGCAACUGGCAGAUCUUCGACGAGAUGGUGAAAAGAUCGGCCUCGAGGGUUCUUCUGAACACCACGGUCACCGACGUUACACAGGAUCCGGGAAAGAAAUCGUACCGCCUGCAGACCAAUGACCCCGACCUCGAUGCACACUUCAACGCGGACGCCUACGACACCGUCAUCCUCGCCGCACCGUACCAGUUCGCCAACAUCUCAUUCACACCGCCGCUCGUCGAUCCGCCCUCCAAAAUCCCCUAUGUCUCUCUGUACGUGACGCUGUUGACCUCCCCACAUCAACUCUCGCCGGCCUAUUUCGGUCUACAGUCCCAAGCCGACGUACCUUCGUCGAUCCUCACCACUCUGCCCGAAUAUCUGAACGACGAACUCAGUUCCCGUCGCGGCGUUGAUGCCGUCGGCCCGCCAGGCUUCUGGUCAAUCAGCACCUUACGCGUCCUCCAUCCCGACAUAGACGGGCUGAGCUUCUCCGGUCCGAUAUCAAGCAACAGCAACAGCAACAGCACCAACAGCGGACGAAGACCAACCGAGACCGAUACCGAAAGUGACACUAACUCCAAAACAGAUUCCGAGACGCAGUAUCUCUACAAGAUCUUCUCGCCGGCCCCUCUGACCGGAACAUUCGUCUCCUGGAUUCUCGGCUUCCCACAUGCCCCGACAUCCAAGGAGGACCCAGUAUCCACGCUGCCCAAGGAAGACAUCACCUGGCUCUACGAGAAGCACUGGCACAGCUAUCCCUACGAGACCCCUCGACGGACAUUCGACAACUUCACCCUGCACACGAUGUCGUCGCUGAUGAACGGGCCCGAGCCCGAGGCUGAGGGCGAGAACCUAUUCUAUCUAUCCAGCAUGGAGAGCUUCAUCUCCACCAUGGAGACGAGUGCACUUUCUGGAAUGAACGUGGCCAAAUUGAUCAUCGACCAGCUCCAGCUGCAGCAAAGGCAGCCUCAAACCUGA